AUGAAAUCAACUGCAGGUGUUUCCCGGGGCUGCACGCCAUUGCAGAUUCUGCAGAAAAGCAGGCCAAAGGAUGCAGCAAAAGCGCAUUCAGGCCUACAGCGUGUGAGUGCGUCCAGAAGUGGGAAAACAGACAAAGUGAAGGAAUACAUGGAACAAAAGUUUUACGAGCAGUUCAUGCCAAAGAGGGAUGCGAAUUCGAGAAUUCGCAAACUGGCACUAGAUAAGGAUGCCUUGAUGGGGAUCCAAGGGAACAACAAACAACGGUCACUGGGAAAGAAAGGAGAGUGUCCAACUUCGUCUCACGGUUAUAAGUCGCAGAAGAAGACCAAAAAGCGUGCACCGGACAAGACAAAGGCAGUGGGCAACAGACAGAACACGAAAAGCAUUAAGGAUAUUUGCUCUUUGGUCCUUUCAGAUGUACGCGACCUUUAG